AUGGAGUGCUACGACAAAGCGGCCUUGAACGCCGUCCCAGUGUCCGACUUCAGAAAUGAGGGUUCACUAACAUCAACUUUAAGAACACUUCUAUUCUUCACAGCUCUAAUGAUCACAUUACCAGUUGGGCUAUAUUUUUCAUCAAAGGCUUAUAUAUUUGAAGGUACCUUAGGAAUGUCCGACAGAGACAGCUAUUUUUAUGCUGCCAUAGUUGCUGUAGUUACUGUUCAUGUGGUACUUGCUCUCUUUGUAUACGUAGCGUGGAAUGAAGGUUCUCGACAGUGGCGGGAAGGCAAACAGGACUAGGAUGAAGAUCAUCGUCAUCUGAUGCCUACAGACUGUAAAUGGAAUUUUUGUGAGCCGAAGGAAAAGCAUUCUUCAAAAUGUAUAAUACACAUGUACAAAGAUGAGGCUAAUGCCUCAGCUCUGGUUACAAUAAGACUUGUGCUCGUCGUGAAUGUGUGCCAGUGUUUUCUCUAAUGUUGAUGGAAGUAGUUUUUUAGCCAGCGUCUACUGGGUCGAGCUGAGGAGGUCUUCACCUGGAAUUAGAAUGAAAUAAUUAUUUAUUUUUUUAAAAAUCCUGUAGCUAUUUUUGCCAUUCCUAGUAUUUUUCUGGCUUGCUCUGAAAAAUCAUACUGGCAUGAAGCAAGCAUUAAAUUUUCAAGUAAUCAAAUUGCUAGUUAAAAAAAUCUACUUGUUAUCUACCUACAGUGAAAAAGAUGGGAUUUCACUUUGCUGUGGAUGGUUUCCUGAUUUGUGGGUGUUGUGGUUUAACCCCAG